AUGUACGUGGAAGAUAUUAUUAUGGUUGUAACAUUACUAAAUAAGGAAGGAAAUGUGAAACCAUCGGUCAGGUCUUCAAUGUAAAACCAUCGGUCGGUUCUUUGAGAGUAUUUCGGGCAUCAAAAACAGUCGAUCACGUUUUGCAGAGUUUAACUACUUCCUUAUAGAGAUAUGUAGGAGAAUUGUAUAGUAGUUGAAAGUUUGUUGCUUUUGAAUUAAUGAAUUUGAUGAAGCACUAAUUUGAAAGAUAUCGGAAGAUACUGACUUCAUCGUGAUGAUGUCAGUAAAUAUUUCAAGAUUUUCUAAAGUGCGCUCUAAGAAGCAUUUCAGUAACCUACUAUCAAAGGUGGGUGGGUAAUAGAAAGAAGGAUAAAAAAAUACAAAACUGCUAAUUAAAAAUAAUAUCACUAAAAAUCAUCAAGAUAAGGGUGAAAAACAGGCCGUGUAGGCCCGGGUUUGCCUUAAAACGAGCCGGACCUAAAAGUUGAACACAACCCGCAAAAGGAAUUGAAAAGUAGGCCUCAACACAAAAUUUUUGGGGGCCAAUGAAGAAUCGUUACCCAGUGCAUUAUAGUUCCCAACGGUGCAUAACCGUUCCCCCAAUUAUUUAUUUUUAUAUUUUAACAUCUUCAAUUUAGAAAUAAACUUUGAGCGGUGGUGCGUUGGGGAGAGAUAGAUAGUAAAGGGUUAAGGAACAAUAGUAAAGCGUUGGGGAACGGUAGUAAAGCGUUGGGGAGUCAUAGUAAAGCGUUGGGGAACGAUAGUAAAGCGUUGGGGAACGAUAGUAAAGCGUUGGGGAACGAUAGUAAAGCGUUGGGGAACGAUAGUAAAGCGUUCGGGAACGAUAGUAAAGCGUUCGGGAACGAUAGUAAAGCGUUCGGGAACGAUAGUAAAGCGUUCGGGAACGAUAGUAAAGCGUUGGGGAACGAUAGUAAAGCGUUGGGGAACGGUAGUAAAGCGUUGGGGAACGAUAGUAAAGCGUUCGGGAAUGAUAGUAAAGCGUUGGGGAGUCAUAGUAAAGCGUUGGGGAACGAUAGUAAAGCGUUGGGGAACGGUAGUAAAGCGUUGGGGAAUGAUAGUAAAGCGUUGGGGAGUCAUAGUAAAGCGUUGGGGAACGGUAGUAAAGCGUUGGGGAACGAUAUUAAAGCGUUGGGGAAUGAUAGUAAAGCGUUGGGGAACGAUAGUAAAGCGUUGGGGAACGGUAGUAAAGCGUUGGGGAGUCAUAGUAAAGCGUUGGGGAACGAUAGUAAAGCGUUGGGGAACGGUAGUAAAGCGUUGGGGAACGAUAUUAAAGCGUUGGGGAAUGAUAGUAAAGCGUUGGGGAGUCAUAGUAAAGCGUUCGGGAACGAUAGUAAAGCGUUGGGGAACGAUAGUAAAGCGUUGGGGAACGGUAGUAAAGCGUUGGGGAACGAUAUUAAAGCGUUGGGGAAUGAUAGUAAAGCGUUGGGGAGUCAUAGUAAAGCGUUGGGGAACGAUAGUAAAGCGUUGGGGAAUGAUAGUAAAGCGUUGGGGAGUCAUAGUAAAGCGUUGGGGAACGAUAGUAAAGCGUUGGGGAACGAUAGUAAAGCGUUGGGGAACGGUAGUAAAGCGUUGGGGAACGAUAUUAAAGCGUUGGGGAAUGAUAGUAAAGCGUUGGGGAGUCAUAGUAAAGCGUUCGGGAACGAUAGUAAAGCGUUGGGGAACGAUAGUAAAGCGUUGGGGAACGGUAGUAAAGCGUUGGGGAACGAUAUUAAAGCGUUGGGGAAUGAUAGUAAAGCGUUGGGGAGUCAUAGUAAAGCGUUGGGGAACGAUAGUAAAGCGUUGGGGAAUGAUAGUAAAGCGUUGGGGAGUCAUAGUAAAGCGUUGGGGAACGAUAGUAAAGCGUUGGGGAACGAUAGUAAAGCGUUGGGGAACGGUAGUAAAGCGUUGGGGAACGAUAUUAAAGCGUUGGGGAAUGAUAGUAAAGCGUUCGGGAACGAUAGUAAAGCGUUCGGGAACGAUAGUAAAGCGUUGGGGAACGGUAGUAAAGCGUUGGGGAGUCAUAGUAAAGCGUUGGGGAACGAUAGUAAAGCGUUGGGGAACGGUAGUAAAGCGUUGGGGAACGAUAUUAAAGCGUUGGGGAAUGAUAGUAAAGCGUUGGGGAACGAUAGUAAAGCGUUGGGGAACGGUAGUAAAGCGUUGGGGAACGAUAUUAAAGCGUUGGGGAAUGAUAGUAAAGCGUUCGGGAACGAUAGUAAAGCGUUCGGGAACGAUAGUAAAGCGUUCGGGAACGAUAGUAAAGCGUUGGGAAACGGUAGUAAAGCGUUGGGGAACGAUAGUAAAGCGUUCGGGAAUGAUAGUAAAGCGUUGGGGAGUCAUAGUAAAGCGUUGGGGAACGAUAGUAAAGCGUUGGGGAACGAUAUUAAAGCGUUGGGGAAUGAUAGUAAAGCGUUGGGGAACGGUAGUAAAGCGUUGGGGAACGAUAGUAAAGCGUUGGGAAACGGUAGUAAAGCGUUGGGGAACGAUAGUAAAGCGUUGGGGAACGAUAGUAAAGCGUUGGGAAACGGUAGUAAAGCGUUGGGGAACGAUAGUAAAGCGUUGGGAAACGGUAGUAAAGCGUUGGGGAACGAUAGUAAAGCGUUGGGGAACGAUAGUAAAGCGUUGGGAAACGGUAGUAAAGCGUUGGGGAACGAUAGUAAAGCGUUGGGAAACGAUAGUAAAGCGUUGGGGAACGAUAGUAAAGCGUUGGGAAACGGUAGUAAAGCGUUGGGGAACGAUAUUAAAGCGUUGGGGAAUGAUAGUAAAGCGUUGGGGAGUCAUAGUAAAGCGUUGGGGAGUCAUAGUAAAGCGUUCGGGAACGAUAGUAAAGCGUUGGGGAACGGUAGUAAAGCGUUGGGGAACGAUAUUAAAGCGUUGGGGAAUGAUAGUAAAGCGUUGGGGAGUCAUAGUAAAGCGUUGGGGAACGAUAGUAAAGCGUUGGGGAAUGAUAGUAAAGCGUUGGGAAACGGUAGUAAAGCGUUGGGGAACGAUAGUAAAGCGUUGGGGAACGAUAGUAAAGCGUUGGGAAACGGUAGUAAAGCGUUGGGGAACGAUAGUAAAGCGUUGGGAAACGGUAGUAAAGCGUUGGGGAACGAUAGUAAAGCGUUGGGGAACGAUAGUAAAGCGUUGGGAAACGGUAGUAAAGCGUUGGGGAACGAUAGUAAAGCGUUGGGAAACGAUAGUAAAGCGUUGGGGAACGAUAGUAAAGCGUUGGGAAACGGUAGUAAAGCGUUGGGGAACGAUAUUAAAGCGUUGGGGAAUGAUAGUAAAGCGUUGGGGAGUCAUAGUAAAGCGUUGGGGAAUGAUAGUAAAGCGUUGGGGAACGAUAGUAAAGCGUUCGGGAAUGAUAGUAAAGCGUUGGGGAGUCAUAGUAAAGCGUUGGGGAACGAUAGUAAAGCGUUGGGGAAUGAUAGUAAAGCGUUGGGGAACGAUAGUAAAGCGUUGGGGAACGAUAGUAAAGCGUUGGGGAACGGUAGUAAAGCGUUGGGGAACGAUAUUAAAGCGUUGGGGAAUGAUAGUAAAGCGUUGGGGAGUCAUAGUAAAGCGUUGGGGAGUCAUAGUAAAGCGUUCGGGAACGAUAGUAAAGCGUUGGGGAACGAUAGUAAAGCGUUGGGGAACGGUAGUAAAGCGUUGGGGAACGAUAUUAAAGCGUUGGGGAAUGAUAGUAAAGCGUUGGGGAGUCAUAGUAAAGCGUUGGGGAACGAUAGUAAAGCGUUGGGGAACGGUAGUAAAGCGUUGGGGAACGAUAUUAAAGCGUUAGGGAAUGAUAGUAAAGCGUUGGGGAACGAUAGUAAAGCGUUCGGGAACGAUAGUAAAGCGUUCGGGAACGAUAGUAAAGCGUUGGGAAACGGUAGUAAAGCGUUGGGGAACAAUAGUAAAGCGUUGGGGAACGGUAGUAAAGCGUUGGGAAACGGUAGUAAAGCGUUGGGGAACAAUAGUAAAGCGUUGGGGAACGGUAGUAAAGCGUUGGGGAACGAUAGUAAAGCGUUCGGGAAUGAUAGUAAAGCGUUGGGGAGUCAUAGUAAAGCGUUGGGGAACGAUAGUAAAGCGUUGGGGAAUGAUAGUAAAGCGUUGGGGAGUCAUAGUAAAGCGUUGGGGAACGAUAGUAAAGCGUUGGGGAACGAUAGUAAAGCGUUGGGGAACGGUAGUAAAGCGUUGGGGAACGAUAUUAAAGCGUUGGGGAAUGAUAGUAAAGCGUUGGGGAGUCAUAGUAAAGCGUUGGGGAGUCAUAGUAAAGCGUUCGGGAACGAUAGUAAAGCGUUGGGGAACGGUAGUAAAGCGUUGGGGAACGAUAGUAAAGCGUUGGGGAAUGAUAGUAAAGCGUUGGGGAAUGAUAGUAAAGCGUUGGGGAACGAUAGUAAAGCGUUGGGGAACGGUAGUAAAGCGUUGGGGAACGAUAGUAAAGCGUUGGGGAAUGAUAGUAAAGCGUUGGGGAAUGAUAGUAAAGCGUUGGGGAACGAUAUUAAAGCGUUGGGGAAUGAUAGUAAAGCGUUGGGGAGUCAUAGUAAAGCGUUGGGGAAUGAUAGUAAAGCGUUGGGGAACGAUAGUAAAGCGUUCGGGAAUGAUAGUAAAGCGUUGGGGAGUCAUAGUAAAGCGUUGGGGAACGAUAGUAAAGCGUUGGGGAAUGAUAGUAAAGCGUUGGGGAACGAUAGUAAAGCGUUGGGGAACGAUAGUAAAGCGUUGGGGAACGGUAGUAAAGCGUUGGGGAACGAUAUUAAAGCGUUGGGGAAUGAUAGUAAAGCGUUGGGGAGUCAUAGUAAAGCGUUGGGGAGUCAUAGUAAAGCGUUCGGGAACGAUAGUAAAGCGUUGGGGAACGAUAGUAAAGCGUUGGGGAACGGUAGUAAAGCGUUGGGGAACGAUAUUAAAGCGUUGGGGAAUGAUAGUAAAGCGUUGGGGAGUCAUAGUAAAGCGUUGGGGAACGAUAGUAAAGCGUUGGGGAACGGUAGUAAAGCGUUGGGGAACGAUAUUAAAGCGUUAGGGAAUGAUAGUAAAGCGUUGGGGAACGAUAGUAAAGCGUUCGGGAACGAUAGUAAAGCGUUCGGGAACGAUAGUAAAGCGUUGGGAAACGGUAGUAAAGCGUUGGGGAACAAUAGUAAAGCGUUGGGGAACGGUAGUAAAGCGUUGGGGAACGGUAGUAAAGCGUUGGGAAACGGUAGUAAAGCGUUGGGGAACAAUAGUAAAGCGUUGGGGAACGGUAGUAAAGCGUUGGGGAACGAUAGUAAAGCGUUCGGGAAUGAUAGUAAAGCGUUGGGGAGUCAUAGUAAAGCGUUGGGGAACGAUAGUAAAGCGUUGGGGAAUGAUAGUAAAGCGUUGGGGAGUCAUAGUAAAGCGUUGGGGAACGAUAGUAAAGCGUUGGGGAACGAUAGUAAAGCGUUGGGGAACGGUAGUAAAGCGUUGGGGAACGAUAUUAAAGCGUUGGGGAAUGAUAGUAAAGCGUUGGGGAGUCAUAGUAAAGCGUUGGGGAGUCAUAGUAAAGCGUUCGGGAACGAUAGUAAAGCGUUGGGGAACGGUAGUAAAGCGUUGGGGAACGAUAGUAAAGCGUUGGGGAAUGAUAGUAAAGCGUUGGGGAAUGAUAGUAAAGCGUUGGGGAACGAUAGUAAAGCGUUGGGGAACGGUAGUAAAGCGUUGGGGAACGAUAGUAAAGCGUUGGGGAAUGAUAGUAAAGCGUUGGGGAAUGAUAGUAAAGCGUUGGGGAACGAUAUUAAAGCGUUGGGGAACGGUAGUAAAGCGUUGGGGAACGAUAGUAAAGCGUUCGGGAAUGAUAGUAAAGCGUUGGGGAGUCAUAGUAAAGCGUUGGGGAACGAUAGUAAAGCGUUGGGGAAUGAUAGUAAAGCGUUGGGGAGUCAUAGUAAAGCGUUGGGGAGUCAUAGUAAAGCGUUCGGGAACGAUAGUAAAGCGUUGGGGAACGAUAGUAAAGCGUUGGGGAACGGUAGUAAAGCGUUGGGGAACGAUAGUAAAGCGUUGGGGAAUGAUAGUAAAGCGUUGGGGAAUGAUAGUAAAGCGUUGGGGAGUCAUAGUAAAGCGUUGGGGAAUGAUAGUAAAGCGUUGGGGAACGAUAGUAAAGCGUUGGGAAACGGUAGUAAAGCGUUGGGAAACGAUAGUAAAGCGUUGGGGAAUGAUAGUAAAGCGUUGGGGAGUCAUAGUAAAGCGUUGGGGAAUGAUAGUAAAGCGUUGGGGAACGAUAGUAAAGCGUUGGGAAACGGUAGUAAAGCGUUGGGAAACGAUAGUAAAGCGUUGGGGAACGGUAGUAAAGCGUUGGGGAACGAUAUUAAAGCGUUGGGAAACGAUAGUAAAGCGUUGGGGAACGAUAGUAAAGCGUUGGGAAACGAUAGUAAAGCGUUGGGGAACGAUAGUAAAGCGUUGGGAAACGAUAGUAAAGCGUUGGGGAACGAUAGUAAAGCGUUGGGGAACGAUAGUAAAGCGUUGGGAAACGAUAGUAAAGCGUUGGGGAACGAUAGUAAAGCGUUUGCGAAUAAUAGUAAAUUGGAAUACGUAGUCAAUUACCUCGAAUACUGUGUUUUAUGGCGUAAAGUUCGGUGGCCAAAACCAGGAUCCUUGAGCCCAUUGUACGCCAUCUGUGUCGAGACCGAAAGGUUAGAGUUCGAAAAGUAG